CCCGCCUUUCCACCAAGCCAGCCAGACGAGAUGGAGGUGGAAUCCAAGCUCCCAGUCGUCAGAUCAUCAUGCUUGGGGCUCUCUCGUCUGUGCCUUACUCCCACCUACCUCUUCGACCAUCUCGGCCUUCCCAGAUUAACCUUGCAACUUCUUGACCUUGCCACACUGCAGCCUCCUUCGACUGACUGUCCACUGCUUGUACACUAAGUAGUCGGGUAUUCUGAUAUCUUCCGUCCGUAUCGAUCACAGGCUUGUCGCCAAGUUAGGUUCAUUUACUUAUAAAACCGCCUGGCGUGCGCUCCACAUUUGUGUGAUUGCUCCUUCUCUUCUUCUCAAGCGUCAGCAAGUACCAAGCAAGCACCAAGCAGACUUUUGAACAUUUGCUUUCCUUUUUGGCCAUUUUCCGCCCUCAAAGUCCAACGGCCGCAACUCGAAUUUUGUGAUUGUCAAGAUGGCGAUCACCAAAGGAGAGGAUGUUUAUGCUAGUCUUCUCUUGAAUGACGCAUACCUUCCCGGUGCUCUGGUUCUUGCGCACUCGCUGCGUGAUUCCGGCACCCACAAGAAGCUCGCUAUCUUGAUCACCCCCGAAAAUAUCUCCAACGAGGUUGUGGAACAGCUCCAAACCGUUUAUGACUAUGUCAUUCCCGUCGAAACCAUUCAAAAUGACCGACCGGCUAACCUGUUCCUCAUGAACCGCCCUGAUCUGCACUCGGCCUUCACCAAGAUCAACCUCUGGAAGCAGACCCAGUUCCGCAAGAUCGUCUAUAUCGAUGCCGACGUUGUAGCUUACAGAGCUCCCGAUGAACUCUUCGACCUUCCCCACGCCUUCUCCGCCGCUCCCGAUAUCGGUUGGCCCGACCUGUUCAACACUGGUGUCAUGGUCUUGUCUCCCAACAUGGGUGAUUACUACGCCAUGUUGGCUAUGGCUGAGAGGGGAAUUUCUUUUGACGGUGCCGAUCAGGGUCUCUUGAACAUGCAUUUCAGGAACACCUAUAACCGCCUCAGCUUCACCUACAAUGUCACGCCCUCCGCCCACUACCAGUACAUCCCGGCCUACAAACACUUUCAAUCGAGCAUCAAUUUGCUUCACUUCAUUGGCUCAGAGAAACCGUGGGUUCAGGGUCGCACCCAGACCACCGGGAGCAGCACCUACGACGAGAUGAUCGGUAGAUGGUGGGCUGUUUAUGAUCGCCACUACCGCGGCAACUCGAACAAGACUACCGACGUUGUCCAGAAGUUCGUAAAGGGUGAACAACAACAACAGCAACAACAGCAACAGCGCAACGUCUCUUUCCAACUCCCUUCCAGCCAGAGCCAUAAGACGCAGAGCCACCAGACGCAGAGCCAGAAUACCCAUAGCACCUACACCAGUCACGGAGCAUCCUGGGAUGCUUCAAGACACUCUCCUCCGGCUGGCUCCAAGCCAGAAGCUGCCAACUUCCCACAGACGCACUAUACGAUGUCCUCCAACACUCAACAGUUCGUCCCACCUGCCCGGUAUCCCAGUCCGCCCAAGGAUAUGUGGUACAAGGUGCCCGAGGCGGCGCCCACUCAAAAGCCCGCUCCGAUCUUCCCCUGGGAGAAACAAGCACCCGAACCCACUAGGGUUUUCCCGGAACCACCUCCUGAGCAGGGAAAGCUCUCGGCUGCGUCAACUGCGACGCCGUCCGCUGUGGCGUCAGCUACAGCAUCGCCCACCCUUGAGCCGAAGAGCGAGGCUGUCACCCCGACAACUCCCGCAAGUGCUAACCCCUGGACCUCUUUCACAACUAGAGGAAAUGCGUGGGAUGAUGUACCCGAAAUCAACCGCUAUGUCGACGCUUUGCAGAAGCACCGCCGCUCCGGAAGCAAGGGCUCGGCAGCGGCCACGUCGAGACCGACCAGUCCUGGUCGCGCUCAGAGCAGAUCUAGGAAGAGCUCUAGGGUGACUGACUUCCCGACCGAGGAUGACCGUCCAAGUCUUCCUGUCACCCCCGCGCCCAUCCAAGGACCGAGAUCCUCGAGAGGUGAGAAUGAGCGGCAGUUCCCUGCUGCCGCCGGCGUACCAGCGCAAUCCGAAUGGAAUCCCGCAGUCCAGCUUGAGAAGCUGGCGAUACACCAGCAAGAAACGUUGCAGAAGCUCGGUGAGCGUCCUGCUUUUGGUGGAUUGGCAAUUGGGACAGCGGUACCCGUCGGUGCUUAGUCCGAAGCCCUUGAGAGCGAACACAACCGGAACGAACUCGACCCCGAGCCCGCUGCCGACGCAGCCAAGCGUGACCACCGCCCCACCGAGCUAUCAGGGACCAGGUGUGGCUUUUGAGAAGGGGGAAGACUUCCCAACUCAUGAGACGCCUGCGCUUCCGACGGAGGAGGAGAGAGAUGUCCUUGAGACGUAAUCAACGACAUCAUCCUACAAUCAGGUACAGACAACGCAUCGUUGGCUUGACUGCUGAUAAUCGAAACUCAGUGUACAACUUCAUGGGGGUGUAUUCUUACCGGUGUACAAAAGCUCAAAACUGGCGGAUAUCAAAAGGACUUCUGUGAGGGGGUGGUACUGGAACUGGCCAGGCGUGGCGAUUUUUUUUUUAGUUGACACUGGCUGUGUGAAAUGAGGGAUCAACCUGAACGUGUGCAUCAAAGGGGGGCUUUCUGCUGGUGAAUGCUGGACACGAAGGGUCCCUUUGAAUGAAGUUAUGCUUGAAAGGGUUCAAAGUUUGGGAACAGCGGCUUUUGGGCUUGGUUGUGGCAUUCUGUUUCCUUAUACCUCUCUGUUUUUAUGCUCAUGAUCAAAUGAUAGACUUGUGUUUCCUUUUCAGCCUACUUUUAACAGAAUCCAUGUGUGGUCAUCAAUGUCCUAAAUUUCAACAACUCCGACUAAGUCGAUCCACG